CGCUGCAGGCGGUCUGUGCAGACAUGGCUGUCCUCAGUAAGAUACCGCACAACUGCUACGAAAUCGGCCACACUUGGGACCCGUCGUGCGUGCAUUCCGCCGCGGCCGUGACCAGGAGCGCCCUGGAGGUGUCCUUCAAAAUAUACGCGCCGCUGUACCUGAUAGCAGCAAUUCUAAGGAGACGGAAGAAGGAUUACUAUUUAAAAAGGCUUCUGCCAGAGAUUCUGUGGUCUACCUCUUUCCUCACCACCAAUGGAGGGCUCUACAUUGUUUUCUUCUGCAUUCUCAGGAAACUCUUGGGAGGGUUCUACUCCUGGUCUGCUGGGUUCGGCUCAGCUCUGCCAGCCUCCUAUAUCGCUAUCCUCCUGGAGCGCAAAAGCAGGAGAGGGCUGCUGACAAUAUACAUGGCAAAUCUUGCCACCGAGACUUUGUUCCGCAUGGCAGUGACCAGAGGCAUCGUCAGACCCAUCAGGCAUGGCGAGGUGCUCUUGUUCUGUAUAACUGCAUCGCUCUAUAUGUUCUUCUUCAGGAGUAAGGAUGGACUCAAAGGCUUUGCGUUUUCCGCACUGAAGUUCAUCAUUGGGAAAGAGGAGAUUCCUACUCACUCCAUCACGGCGGAUCACGGCAGCGCCAGGCCUCCGGAGAGGACGGCUGCCGUCGAGGCCCGGGGCUCCCCGGCCUCAGCAGGAAGGCCCGACUCCAGGAGGAGAACGCUGUUAGCUUACACCCGGGAACUGCUGGAAUCAAUAUGCAAACACGGUCCAAGACACAGAUGUUGUAAACAUUACCAUGACAACUGCAUUUCCUACUGCGUAAAGGGGUUUGUCAGGAUGUUCAGUGUUGGCUACCUGAUUCAGUGUUGCCUUAAAGUCCCUUCUGCAUUCAGGCAGAUGUUCUCCAAGCCGUCACGACUGCCCUCGCUCUUCUACAACAAAGAGAACUUCCAGCUCGGGGCCUUCCUUGGCUCCUUCGUCAGUAUCUACAAGGGAACAAGCUGCUUGUUGCGCUGGCUGCGUAACAUCGACGACGAGCUCCACGCACUGAUAGCAGGCUUCUUGGCGGGCACCUCAAUGUUCUUCUACAAAAGCACAACGAUAUCCAUGUAUCUCUUCUCGAAGCUCGUGGAGACCAUGUACUUCAAGGGCAUCGAGGCCGGCCGGUUCCCCUACUUUCCUCAUGCAGACACGAUCAUUUACGCCGUCUCCACUGCUAUCUGUUUCCAAGCUGCAGUGAUGGAAGUGCAGAACCUCAGGCCGACUUACUGGAAGUUCCUCCUGCGUUUAACGGAGGGCAGAUUUGCUCUGAUGAACCGGCAGGUGCUCGACGUAUUUGGCACUCAGGCCUCCAAGGACUUUAAAGACUUCGUGCCCAAACUGGACCCUCGCUACGCCACGGUGGUCAGCCGAGCCGCGCUUCCACCAGGAGGCGACGCCCAGCUGGGCUGACCUGGGAGCGGCCGCCGACCGGGGAUUCAGGAUUACCUCGACAGCCCUGCUGUUCUUGCUGACUGACCUAAGGAUGUUCAUAAAGGUGUUCCGGGUGCAUUGAAGUGCUGCUUUUGUGUCGUGAGAUGGGAGAUGCUUUGGAUCGCACAGAAGCGCAAAAAAAAGAGCUGUCGGAGAGCAGCGGGUCGUGGGCGUUAAUUGUAGAGGCGCAAGCGCACACUUACACACUUCGACUGGUUCAAAAAGAUGAGUCAAAACGUAGCAUCUUAGCUAAGCUAUGUGAUCUGGGAAACUUUACAUAGUGCAGAAUAAACUAAUAAUUUGAGCCCUCUGAACGAACAGUGAGAUUAAAUUUUAUCCAGUUUGUAUGAAGGUAAACAGAAUCUUUGAUUCUCAACUCAGUUUAGGAUAAACCCACAUUCCUUUCAUCCCUUACUUAUUCCUCAUUUUGAAAGUUACAUUUCUUUUGACCAAACUUCUUUUUUUUUUUUUUUUUGGUGCUUGAAAUGGUUGCAAACACACCAAUAGGUAAAACUCACUAAUCUUUUUGCAGUGGACAAUGAUAGCAGAGUGCUGGCUAGAAGGAGGACUCGAUAAUCACAUGGAUCACUUGGAUGUUUUUGGGUGGGUUUUUUUUUUCUUUUUGAAUGUGCAUUUUGCAAUUCUGCAAGUGCAGCCGACAGUCAGUAUGGUUAUGUAGCCUUAUCAAAUAUCUGGUAGCAAUGGGAGAUGUAUUUACAUCGUCUGUCUGUGGCAGGCGUGCACAGAUGGGGAGUUUUAGCAAUGUUUUAAAAUUGAAUUUGAUUUUUAAAGGCAAGUGAGGUGUUUUUGUUUUUCCAAGUUUCACUACGUCGGAUUUUACUUUGUCGACAGUAUUUGAAAGACUCGAGUCACCUUUAGAAAACUAUUGGGAUAAAAGAGGCGAGCGAGGGUUAAAGAAGAACAAAAUGAUCCUCCAAGAAAUGUGACUUUAAUUUGCUGUCAUUACAACUCAUCAGCAAUUUAAAAAAACAACAACAUUGAUUUCACCAUAUUAAUUACUGUGAAGGAGGCUGUAGGUUCAGUGGUACUUUGUUUAUUUCUUCUUUUUUCAGGCAGAUGUUCACAUUGCAGUCGAUUCUUCUGAGAAACAGUUUCCCUUUAGUCCGAAUUUCACUGAUUGUGUGCUUUCAACCUCUUCUGAGGAAUUAACUGUAGCCUCAGAGAUGGUUUAGCUUGGGAUCGAGACAGUUCAGUUCAGGGUGUACAGCCACAGACGGCAAAACACAGUUAAAGAGCAGUAGUGGUUGUUUCACAUAAAAAAAUAUACAGUUAAACUACGUAACACCCGAAUCGCAGAGACGGACACUACAGCUUCAGAUCUCCUUUAGGCGAGGACUUCAGUAAUGAUUGAAAUCUUUCAAUUUAGAUUAUUCAUGAAAGACUAAAUGAUUCCAUUGUAUUUUUUUUUUUUUUGGUAUCCACUAAAAACUGUGAAACAUCUCAUGACAUGAGUAAAAUUACAGUGGCACAACGGUAAAGUAACAGUGUAGUACUUUUUUUUUUUUUUGAAUAUGUCUAAAGUCACUUUAGACAUGCCUGACCUCCAUAUCAGAAGCCAUGAUAGUGAAAAAUGCAGUGCAAGAUUAGUGGUGUGACA